AUAACAAUAAUAAUAAUAAUAACAACAACAGCACCAAAUAAAUAUAACCAUGAAGAUGGUUGACAAAUCAGCCAAGCUGAUGGAUAAAUUUGUCAACAGCGGUGGCAGUGGCAGCGGCGCUGGCGGCGGCGGCAGCAGCGGUGGCGCUGGCUCGACAUCAUCAGCAGCUGGAAAUGUGGGCGCUAACGCAGGUGCGUCGACAGUGGGCUCGGCUGGCAUUGGCGGCAGCAGCAGCAUGACAGCUAAUGGACAGAAACCGGUGCCAAUGAAACUGUUUGCCGCCUGGGAAGUGGAUCGAACGCCACCAAAUUGUAUACCGAGACUCUGCUCGCUGACAAUAACGCGUUUGUCCAUCUUGACACCGCUGCCGGGAGAUACGACGUCGCUGUCGCUGGCAGUGAAAAUGCAAAGCUCAAAGCGCACGCUGCGCAGCCAUGAGAUACCCAUCAAUGGCAGCGUCUUGACGACUGGUGGCGGCAAGGAGGGCAACAGCUCAGCGCUGGGCAGCAGCUCCGGCAUGGUGGGCACGCCCGGCAAUGUGGGCAGUGCGGGAAUUGGCACGCAUGCGGCUGUGCCACUUACCGAAACGGAGCUGGACUUGCACUUUAGUCUGCAGUAUCCGCACUUUAUCAAGAGAGAUGGCAAUAGACUGGUCAUUUUGUUGCAGCGUCGCAAGAAAUACAAAUCACGCACUAUUUUGGGCUACAAGACGCUGGCCGAGGGCAUCAUACGCAUGGAUGCGGUGCUGCAAAAGUCCAUGGACAUGAUAAUAGAGCUGACGGCAUCGGGCAAAAACGGACGACCCGGCACUGUGGUGGCCUGCCUGCGCGCCGAGCGUGUCUCCUCCAUUCCAGUUGAUCAUGACAAUAAGAACAACAACAGCGUGCUGCUGGCAGAUCGCGUUGCUGAGUACUCCGACGAGGACGAGGAGGCUGAGUUUAGUUCGGGCGAAUUCAACGACGAGUCCAAUGAGCUGGCCAUCACCGGCUACGAUCAGAAGCGUGAAUAUAAUCCGGCCAAGCAUGAUAUGCGCAAAUACCGCAACAAGCUGCAAAGAUCGGGCAUUGAAGAUAUCGCUAUAGUUGGCCAUCAUCAGCAUCAACAUCAUCCCGUUGACAGCGACAGCGAGUUUGAAAUGAAGGACAAAAGCUCAUCCCGGGCCAAAUUUAGUCGGACGAUUUCGCUGCAGCAGCGCAACUUUAAGCAAAAGAUUGUGGCAUUGUUGAAACGCUUCAAGGCCAGCGAGGAGCUGGAGGAUGAGACGCAUCGUGGCACGGCCGCUUUGCGCGGAGAACGCGACUUGGAUGCACUCUUCCAGGAGCUGGAGUCGCUCUCCUGCUGCGAGGGCGAUGACUCUGGGCCGGACAUGGACAGCAUUUCGAUUGGAUCCACGCCCAAGCCAUCGCUGCGUCCCUUCUUUACCAACUCACGCAUCAUGCUGCACGACAGCGUGCCCGGCAACAACACUGGCGGCAUCUCUGGCCUGGGCCUAGCGGGCAACUCUGAGCGCCGAUCAUCGGAUAAGAGCGACCAAUUCAACAAUUCAUCUUACAAUAUUGAAAAUAACAAAAACCAAAAAUGCAUUCAUUUAACAAACAAUAAUAAUUCGGCUACAACACCAGAUCGCGCUGGCAAUGAUAGCUCCGGUAAUGAGGGCAACGCUGGUUAUACUGAUGGCCAGGGCUCCGAUACGCAAAACAGUCCUCCAAGGGAUAAGGAUUAUAUACGUAAUGCCAAUGUGAUUACGCCGCAGGCUCAAACGGAAAAGCGCUCACGUCUGUUUCGCACUUCAAGCAAUACGCCGAAUAUUGCCAACACUGGCGCUGCUGCGGCUGGCGCCUCUGCUGGCGCUGGCAGCGUUGGCAGCAACAGCAGCGCGGUCAUUAAACGCAAGCACACGCUUAGCUUGUGUGCCACCGAGCCACGUUCAGCGCUGGAGACUUGCCUCUCGCCCACAAAUGUGGAGCCGCGCAAGCUGUUGCUGGAUCAGCUGAGUCGGGUGUUUGCCGGCGAGGACAAUGCCAUACCCGAGGUGGUGACUAUUAUAAGUCCGCCCGAGGCGCUUGGCGGCAGUAUAUUAUUGGCCAAGCUAGUUACGCUCUUUGCCAACUCCUUUAAGCCGGCCUUUGUGCCACAGAAUACGGCUGAGGUUAAGGCGGUGCUGCAGGCGCUAAUGGCCAAAAUCCAAAAAUACUGCAACUCCAAUGCCAAGCCGCCACAUACUGUCAAGCUGCUGCUCAUUGGCGGGGAUUGGCUACAAGGUGCCAUGCUGCGUCAUUAUGUGGAGCUUUUGGGCGUGCGCCCACCCGAUUGGUUGCAUCAUUUGCGCUUCUAUUUGGUACCCAUUGGCGGGGGCAGUAGCAAUGGCAGCGUGGCGCGUCAUCUUAGCCAAAUGGAUCAGGCCUAUGCUGCCAUGUUUGGCUCCGAUAACUGGGCUCAGCUCUGUGAGCGUGCUGCAGCCACCGCUGCCGCUGUCAGCGCAGUGACUACUGUCAAUGCCACAGCGCUGACUGCAAAUUUAACCGAUGUUAAGUCAGAUAUUGCGGAGCUAGUGCAGCGCAUACAACGCUAUCUGCAUGCAGCUGGGCCCUGCACACAGAUACCCAUUGCCGAGGCCAUGGUUAACUACAAGGACGAGGACUCCUGCCAGAUAUUUGUGCCCUUUGUUAGCGAUGUGCGCAUUGGUUAUUUGGAUGGCACGCAAGCCUCGCUGGAUCUGGAAGAGUCUGGCUCGGCUAAUAGUGGCGGCAAUACUGGAGCUCAGGGCUCAAGCAUGCCCAUACCCAUAGGCAACCAAAGCACGCCCAAUGUACAUGGCACUGCCUCCGGCUCCCCGCCUGAGCAGGGCCAAGGCAUAGGACGUAUAUCACCGCCGCUACAAACGCCCACACAACGUGAGCGUGGCACUAAUGAUGCGCUCAACUCGCCCUCGCAAACUGGUGCUGAUGCCGUCGAGCUGCAGGUGGACUAUUGGCUGGUGCGACCCGGUGAGCUGCAUGCCAAAGACUCCAAGGGUGGCAUGUCGCGUGGCAGCGAUGCUGGCGGCGGCAAGAAUAGCAUUAAGAGUACGUUUAGGAAUUUGCAAGUGUGGCGCCUGCCACAGCAUGCACAGCAACUGGGUGAUAUGUCCAAUGGACUGACUGUUAGUUUCGCCACAAAGGAAAAGAAGCAAAAGCAAAUUAUGCGUUUGGGCAAGAAGAAAGACAAGGAGCGCGAUCUGGAGAAGGAGCAGUGCGUUGAGGGUGUAGCUCGACUCAUUUGCUCACCCAAGCAAUCGCAUCCAGUGCCAUUGCGAGUGUAUAUCGAUGGCACUGAAUGGACUGGCGUUAAAUUCUUCCAGUUGUCAUCGCAAUGGCAAACGCAUGUUAAGAAUUUUCCCAUUGCGCUUAUUGGCUGCACACCGAUGUCCUGUGCAGAGCUAUCCUAGUCAUUUUAAAACCGUUCACACGCCAGACACUUUUCACGGCAAUACAUAUAUGGUUAACUGAGAAGAAUGAUAAUUUAUUUUAUAAUAAUUGUAAAUUUUUAGUUAUUAAAAAAGUCUAGUUUUUAAUUCGAACUUUAUGUAAAUUAUCAAGCUAGACAAAAGCAUACAUCACACAGACACACACACAAACAAAAACAAAAACACACUCCAUUAAGUUAUAAAAAAAACUUACAAAAAGAAGCGCAUAAUUGAUAACUGAUAUGCAUAUUGAAUUUUUCAAGCCGAAAGGCGUUUAUAUUAUAUCCUAUAUACUAUAUAGUAAACCAUUUAUGUAUGUAUGUAGUUACAGUUUCAAAGUUUAUUGUCAAAAUAAUAUAAAUGUUGACCGAUUUGCACUAGAACUGUUGCUAGUUGAUGGUUUCUAAAGUUGUGUGUUGAUUCUUCAGGCCAGGCCUGGCUUGGAGCCUUGCGAGCAUUGCCAGUGCGGCUCAUUAAGGGCCUCAAGAUCUCACCUAUGCUCUCAAGGGUAACAUGCCUCGCUCUAUUAGUUUUCUUCUUUCUAAACUAUCGUACGAAUGCUUGGCAAAUACGUAUAAACAACCCGUCGUCUAUAUACUUACUACCUAAAAUCAAAUAUACAUAUGUAUUAACUCUGUAUGUGCAACUACUUAUACAAUAUACAUACUUAAAUAUUGCCUAUAUAAUCAACAAGCAUACAUGCAAAAAAA